AUGUAAAAAGAUCAAUUCGUGGUACUGCUCGUGAAAUUCACGUUUCACCUCAGCUCAGAAAUCCACAAACCGGUUUCUCUCUUCCGAUUUCACCUCAGCGCCGCCGGCCAGCCACAGUCACCACCACCGCCGGCCAUCCAAAGUCAUCACCACCGCCGACCAUUCACAGACCCACCUCAACAACAACCUUCACAGUUUCACACUUUCACCCGGCCACCUCUGAAUUUCUGAAACAUCACCACAAACUCCACGGAGACGCCGCCAAGUACCAGGCGAAGUUCCGGAGAGUAGCCGCCCCACACCCACUGAAUCUCCGCCACGCACCCACUGCUUCUCCGCCCCAACACACACAGCGUUUCCGCUCAUGGAGAAGUUACGAGGUUCCACCGUUCAAUCUUAGGUGCAGAAAAAUGGCCUGUGAAACCGAAGCUCAAAGUUGAAAGUUGAUUUCGAAGAAACUUCACUUUCAUUAGCCACUGUUUCGUGCUAAACCGCAAGAUGUUAGUUUUACUAAGGAGAUUUUCUGCCUCUAUUUCGGUAGGAAAUCCUUGUAUUAUUUCUAUCUUUAAUAGAUAUUGUUCAAAUAGCCGGGUUUCUAUUGAUGAGGGUGAAUGGAAAUCUUAUCCUUCGACUUCAGUUGAUGAUGGCAAUGGUUUAAGGAAUCGUUUUGGUGGGAUAUCCUGCUUGCCAUUUCUUUACCAAGAUCAACCCCAACUAGAUAGCCGUGAAAUCGAGGUUGUUGAUUUAGAUACGUGGUCUAUUGCUUCGGGUUUGGUUGGUGUGUCAAAGAGCAAACAAAACGAGCCACAUUUGAGAUUGAUUGGUUUAGAGGAACUUGAUGAUGGGAUUAGUUGUAAUGUUGAACAGGUUGAGGAUGAUCUUGAUAUUGAUGAGAUUGAAGAUAUGAGAACCCAUGGAAGCCUGUUUUACAAGAUUGAGAAAAGUUCUAUGGAGUUUGAAGAAUACCAAUUUGACUUCCAUGGAAAAAAGGUAAAAUCCAGAACAAAUGAUGGAAGGGAAACCAAGACGAGAGAAAACCUGAAAUGUGAUUUGGCUCAAAAUGGUGAAAAGUCUUUAAAGGGUAAGGUAAUUAGCAAGAAGUCCGGUUUAAAUGAUUCUUCCUUGGUGAACAAGGAACGACUUGUUAAAUCUAUCGAGGAGAACUAUGUUGUUUGUACUCAUAAUCUCGACGGUUUUUCUGCUGGGAAGAAGUUAAGAAACCCAACUUUCAACCAACUCACAGGGCCUUUCCAUGAACCCUUUUGUCUAGACAUUUAUGUGUCAAAAGGUUCAGUUCGUGCUUGUGUAGUCCACCGUGCAACAAGCAAGGUUGUCGUUGUUGCACAUUCCAUUUCUAAAGACAUAAAAUUUGGUCUUGGGUCUACCAAAAGUAGAGUCGCUGCAGCCACUGUGGGAACUGUUCUAGCGCAACGUGCUUUGGCUGAUGAUAUUCAUGAUGUGAUAUACACGCCCAGGAAAGGUGACAAGUUGGAGGGAAAGCUUCAGAUUGUCCUUCAAUCAAUUAUAGAUAAUGGAGUUAAUGUGAAGGUCAAGCUUAAGCAGAGGAAUCCUGGUAAAGCUGUUAGAAGACGUUAUGCUGAUGAAGUGUAAUUUGUUUGGUCGGAACUUGGUAGUUCCAAUAAUCUAUUUUCUCACUCCACUUGAUUGGAAAGCCGGUAUGAUCUUGUACACUGCUGGAGAACCAGUGCAAUUCAAGGCUUAUGAUGCGAAGCAGUAUUUGGAUUGGAAUUGUACCAACAUCAUCUGUGCGGUGAUCAUGACUGUGCCCAACUAAAUGAUCGCGAUUCUGCUCCUAUUUCUUUUCACAGUCGAUUGAGUUUGUGGAAAUCUACACUUCUGUCAUGAACUCUUCCAGGCCUUGUCCGGAAGAUUUUGAAGAUGGCUUCUGUGAACAACAUGCUGUGAAGAAUAACUUUCCUCCCUUUCCUCCUGCAAUCCUUAUAAGCGGACUUGCUCAUAAUCAAAGGUGCAACCCCACAUAGGGCACAAACAGGAUCAAUAGAUAACCUCCACUGCAGCAACUUAUCUUUUGUCACAAGUUUGUUUGAUGUAGAAGGAGAGCUUCUAGGUUUUGGAAGUUGUCCUGUACAAAUCUGGAAGGAAGCUGACUGUAUUGAGGUUUUCUUCCUUCCAUUUGGGCUUUUCAGUUAACCAGCAAUCUUCAACCGAUAUCUGACUUGCUGUCUGUUCAGCCGUGAAAUCAGCGUGCUCUCUUGCAAAUGUAGAUGGAAAAGAAGUAGUGGGCAUCGGGUUUGCAGCAACAUGUUCCCUUGUGGCUGUAGAUGCUGAUACAGUUUCCUGGAGUGGUGAUUCUAGAAGAAAUGUCAUAGUUUGGAUGGACCAUAGAUCUGUAAAGCAAGCUGAACGGAUCAAUGCUUCCAACUCACCUGUAUUGCAAUACUGCAUGGGAUCUCUUUCUCCUGAGAUGGAGCCACCUAAGACUCAUGGAAUACUGAGCGCAAUUAGUUGAGGACUAUUGUAUACGACAUAUCCUGCCUGGUUUUAUAUUCAUGUUGCUUGCCAAAUAUCCGGAUAUGUUAUUGGUGUUGCCGGCUGGGCCACUGGUCUUCAGCUUGGAACAAGUCGGUUUGGAUUGUAUACACGAGCCACCGCUACAUCGGUAUUGCCCUCUUUGCACUUGCUAUUCUACAGGUAACUAACUCUUGCUUGUUUUUCAAAUUUACACUCAUUCGAGUGAAAGGCCGAUGCACAAGUCGUAAAAGAUGAUGGAUAUGCAACCUUUAUGCACUUUUGGGGUGGGGGGGGGGGGGUUGGGAUGGCUGGAAGAGUGAAAGGUGGUGUUUGGUGUUGGCAAUCACUUUCAAGUUCAUUUGAGGAGAGCUGCAAUAAGGCCAAUGAGAUUAUUUGCUUACUGCAAUUGAUUAUGAGAGAAUAUCAACAUUGUCCUAGGACUUGGUGGUCCACACUCCAUAGUACAGGUUUUAACCAAUGGACCACUGACCAUUGAAGGAACUGGUCCUAUCUAUUCUUAGGAAGUUUGGACAUCUUCCAUUUUACUGAAUGAAGUUCUCUUUCAAACUGUUUUCAAAAGAAAAUAAAAUCCUAAGGAAUCGGUAAAUUGUAAUUUAUCAUUUGAAGUUAGUGUAGGAUCCAUUUUCUGUCUUUGUUUUCGGUAAGACGUCUUUAUUUCCCAGAUGCAAUUGUGUGACUUGGUAUAAUUGGUCCAAUGAUGAUAUAAAGGAAUUACUAAAUUGUAUUCUACUAUUUGAAGUUGGUUUAUGGAUCCAGUUUCUGUCAUUGUUUUGAUAAUUUGAUGAGUCUGAUCUAUAUCAUUCUUUAUUUCCUGAAUGCAAGUGCGUGAUUUGCUAUAAUUGGUCCCAUCUUAUCCUGCUGGAGUAUUGGAGAUUGGUUUUAGGCUUCCAGGUAGCUAAAGCAGACUUGAAUUUUGGUUCUGAAACCACUGUAAGUUUGGAAUCGUCUCAUAAGAAACAAAAGGUAUUAAGGUUGAACAUCGGUGUGCGUGACAUUGUAUAAUGUCAUUUCAAACGUAACACCACGUGAUUGAACCCAAUAAUAUCUACAUGACAUCCAAAUUCUUGGAAUAUCUUAACGGAAUGUCACUAUGGACCUAUGAUACCAGCUACCAAAUGGUGCCUUAAGUUUGGGUCUUUUGUGAUUGUUAUUGUUUGUUCUAUUCACUGAAAGGCUAUUUUCAUUUCGGACAUUGUAGAUAGUUAUGCUGUUUCUAAGACCGAAGAAAGAGCACAAGUCUAGAAUUUACUGGAACAUCUAUCACCAUGGAGUUGGAUAUGCCAUCAUUUUCCCAGAAAUCAUCAAUGUAUUCAAAGGCCUUCAGAUACUUGAACCUGAAAAAGAAAUGGAAAUCGACAUACGUUAGCAUACUCAUUGUAUUGGGUUGCAUUACCGUGUUAUUGGAAAUAUACUCUCAUAUUCCUAUUUUCGGGAAUCAUUAUGUAUUUUAGGUAGUUGCAUUUAGGCAAAAGUUCGGAAAUAUGUGAGUUCAGUUUCAUUUGUUUCGCGCUGUUGUCCUUCCACGUUUAAGUUUCUUGAAACAGUUUAUUGCAGUGUUGGUUAUAAGAUCUUACACAUUCUAAUA